AUGGUGUUUUGUUCCAGAUAUUUAGAAGGCUUCUCUACAAAGCAUAACAAACCAUCACGGAAUGAUGAGAAUCAGGAUGAUCUUGAAUCUAACUUAUGUGGACAUGAAUCCUUUUUGUUUCCUUCAAUAGGAAAACCAUUGGGAAGACCAUCUAGUUUCAUUUUAACAGAUUUAGAGAAAUUGCAAGCUCAUAGAUAUGUGCUAUACAACUAUGAAGCUGUCAUUCCUUAUUUCAAAGAAAAUGUGGCUCAUAUCAAAAGGAGAAACCGUAGCCACCGCCUAAAUCCAAACGUGAUUGAGCAAAUUCAACGUAAAGAUUUUCCUAAUUGGUUUAGAGAUCAUAUCAUGCAGUUGGAGCAACAAAAUGGCAUCGAUAACAUCAAUGAUGAAAUUAGAAGGUAG